GUUCCAAUCUGACUGUCUCACGAAGGGAUCUGUUUGAAAUGAUCCACAACAAAGCUGCAACGCGCGAGAUGCUUACCGACCACGUUCUGACUACUCUGAAGCUCGAUACAGCCCCGCAGCACGUACAGAACCAUGUGCGCCAGGAGGUGUCGCGGUUCUUCUCACGGUGCAUGACCCGUUGGAAGCAGUGCAAGCGGAUGAAAGACCGUUUCUUGCGUGGCAACGCUGUUUGGCUUAACAUUGAAAUGAAAGCCGCUGAGUUGGUUGCGAGUGCUGACCGUCACCUUGCUAGCCGGCUGCAGGGCAACACAAUGCCCGGACCAAAGGUAGAAUCUCCCCCGCCUAAGCCAGUUGAAGCGGAGCCAUUCCCCAGGAGGGAAAGGAAUGACGCUGGUGGCCGAACCCUGCGAUCUCUUCCGGACAUCCCACCUGAAGAGGAGAAGCCCAAGAACCGGCCCAAGAUGUCCAAACGCAAUGCACCGGUGUCGUACACGCCGGAGGAAGUUUUGGACAACCUGAUUGUCAAAGCAAAGCUGACAAAGAAGCAGUAUGAUAUCUUGCGGGAUUAUGCAUUGGGCAUCAACUGUUACAUCUAUCCGUCCUUUGCUGCCAUUCAAAAGGUUAUGAAGGACCGCGCCGCUAGGGGACUCCCGCUACCACAGGUCGAGACCGACGCAGACAGUGACGGAGAUGUUGAAGACAGUUCUGACUGACUAUAUGGAGUUAUGACAUUUGUGUGUGCAAUCGUUCAUUGUCAGCAGCCUUGUCUAAUUAGAAAAUACAGUAAAAUUUGGUUUUAACGCUUUUGGAAAAUCUGGGACUGGAUAAAUAAAUCCGGGUAGAUACUAAAAGAAGUUAAAAUUUUUUGAAUCUUUUUAAAACAGGAACCUGGGCAUUAUUACCGGGCUAGUGCUACACGGUGUGCACAGUUGGCAAACAGUUGCGGGGUUUCGCAGACCCUUGUUUGAGGGAUUGUUUCUCGACAGAUUUUUAAACAUUAGAAGAGUAUGACGAUACACUUAAAUAGAAUUUUUGUACUCAUUUUGAUAUAUAGUCCGUGAUUCCUAUUGUAAAACAAAGCAGAAAGAAUGAGUUUUUAACUGCCUUGUGUAUCACAUGACGUGACUAGUUUUUUCUAAUUUUUCAUGUUUAAUCAUUUGUCAUAGAAUUAGCUAAUUGAUGGAAUUCUUCCUAAGUAAGGGAAAUGAGGGAUUGUUGUUACAAGUAUGAUUUUUUUCUCAAAACUUUCGAUGCUGCCUCAAUAGCUCCGUUGCACAACAUUCCAAAUGUUCUGGAACACUCCCGCGCUCUGCUAACUGUUCUGACGACUUAUAUGCCAAUAAGUGACUAGAACUCUGUCAGCAAAUCAUUACUUUUGCUGCACAGAGCAGUACAAAGAGUCCAAAAGACCUUCAUGUAACCUGUUGCACCUGCCUUUGACAACGUCCUACUUGUUGCUCUCCAGGUGCUACAUGGGGUUUCUGAGGACUUGCUUCAUGGGGAUGUGUUAGUCUUUCAGAGAACAUACCUCAUUGAGAAAGCAUUGUUCUGAGAAUGCUACCUUUUCUCAGCUGACAACAAAUGGUCUGUUAAUGACUUCUUCCACCUCAUAAAACAAUAUCCCGUUGUGGUUACGUUCAGACUGUUUGUGGUUGGCUUUGUUGUUAUUGGCAUCACAAGGCCUCAUAGCAAAAGGAAUUUACGUGGAUUCUGCAGAUGUGCAGUGAACAAUCACUGCAGCCAUUGGAGAUAUUGCCUGCUAAGAACUUAGUGAGCUUUUCUGGCACUAACGUUCUCACCUUCAUUUGAAUCAUCCUAUUAAGUAUUUUCGUGAAAUGCCUUUGUUAUACAGAACAUAGAAACAAGAAAGACCUUUUUCACUGUGUAUGAUUUUUUAGGUUGCAGUUGUUGAAACAAUUGCAGUGUAAGUUAUUGUAAAAUCUGUUUAUGAAAAUUGUGCAAACUUGUACUGUACAAGUAACAAGUUUUCAUUACCAAAUCAGUAUACUUUUUUCUAGAUGGGUUUUACUAACCUAUCCAGAUGCUUACUGCUCAACGAUGUUCUCUUUUCAAAAUAAUAAAUUGUGAAGUGUAAUAAAGUUUUUAAUCACCUACAAUUAACAUUUGUGCAGUUUUGCAUCAGCUUCUGUUCAUGUGUUUCACUCCUUCAUGUGCAGUGAUAUCACCUCUGAAUCUCCAUCAGCUCACAAGUUUUAGCUACUAUUGAAUGGCAUAGGUUUCAGAUUGCUAGAAGAAAAAUGCUUUUACCUUUUUAAUUGAUCUCAUGAAUGAUCAUCUAGGUAAAAGAAGUAAGGAAACAAAACUUGUUCCCUCACAAUUAUCUUCCCACUAACUCUCAAACAAGAACAUCAUCUCUGCCCACAGUGCAUUUAUAUGUCAGUGCUUCUGUGAUAAUGACAGGCCAGACGUUUUGACAGUUGCCAUAUUUUAACAGAAUAUGAUUUCAGUUAGUUGAGGCACGUUUCUCAGGAAGAAAAACAAUAAUCCGAAUUAUGCUCGAAAGAAAGGAGAAAAAGCAAAGACAUGUCAGCACAAUCUGAAGUAGUAGUGCCCAGUGACACUUGCUGAUAGAUUGUGAGUAGCCAAUGGAAAAAAGUUUUAUUCUCUUCUCCUUUUUUUUUUCUUCUAAGAGAAGUUUUAUCUUGUAGUUGCUCAAUGCAUGUUGUGUGUUUAUCUGGUAUGUCAGCAGGCAUUGUGGGGGGAAAAAGGAGAAGCAAGACAGAGAAAAUGUUUUGCACAGAUUGCAAACUGUGAUUUUGUAAAAGCAAUUAUGGAAGCGUAAUAUCUGCAUGUUUUCAGGAGCGUUACAACAAAAUUUCACUGUAGAAUCGUAUUUAGAAAUCUCUGCUUGUCCUUGUGCAUUAGGUGUUAGAAAACAAUGGUUUCUCUAAUGCCUUGCUUACUUGCUUGACUUAGUAGAUGGGUUUGAUCAGGGAAGAAACAGUUUUUGAUGUAGAUUCUCGCUUCUGUAGACUUUCCUUGGCUCUAAGGAAGCAUUCAUAUCACAAAAGGGCUUUUAUUUAGUGGUAAUUUACCAAUUGUAAACGGUUUGUAUGUUCUUUGUGUCUUACACGAAAAAGAAAAAGGCUUUCAAGUAACAUUGUUGCUGUCAUUUUAGUUCAAGGAUAUACCCAGAUGAGAAUAGUUGGAGUUCUUUCUUGAAAUGAAAUGUCAUAAGUGAUAUAAAGUUGUACUGAUAUUUGAAAAGAAAUAUAAUUAAAAAAUCAUUAGGUUUUUAGGAUUUUAAUUUUUUAAAACGAAUUGUCAUAAUAUUAUGUGGUUAUAUUAUUGUAAUAGAAAUGACUUCAGAUAGACCUUCCUCUUAAGACAUUUCUGGGUACUAGCCUUUGUCUGAUAUGUAUUCAAGAGCGAUUUAAAAAAUUAUUAAACAAAUGUUGACAAAAUGCUUUCUAAAUUUAUUUAAAUGUUGAUUAUUUUAAUAUUAUGAAAGUUAAUAAAUUGGCUUGAUUUGUUUGAAUGAGACAAGUUAAUUCAUAGAAUUUGUAAAGAGUUAACAAUAAGUUACCUACUCAAUUUAACUGUACCAUGAAAUCACCCUUUCCUUUUCAUGAGUGAACAAAUAGCAUUUUUGUAAUAAGUUCUAUGAAAUCAAGAGUUCAUAAAAAUACAGUUACUGUAAGUGUACUAAAAUGUAUUAAACAAUCUUUUCCAAAUUAUUUUAUAAUCAAAGUGAAAAUGUUGUAUGAAAAUGCUGCAAGUCAUUCCUUAAAACUCAUUCUGAUGAAUAUCUCAACUUUUGUUGUUAUAUAAAAAACUGCGUAGGUAACUUGCUGGUUGAAAAUAUUGCAUUGAACCAUAUGAAUUCAUUACAUGUAAAUAAAUUAAAUAAUAAGUAUGGUGUACAUUUUUCAGAUUUUACAAAAUGUCAAUAUAUUUAUAUAGUAAAACAUCAAGAAGUAACGAGUUUGUAUUAGAGUGGUUUUGAGUUGUGAAUGAUUGAGUUUUAUAACAUACAAACCACUGCAAUGAUUUGUUUAUUGGCAGCAGUUACUUUUUAUCUCCAUCAAGUAUGCAUAAUAUUCAAUAUCUAUUGAGGUUAAAAAAGGUAAAAUCAACUCUUUGAAAUUCACUGUAGAACUCAUUGUAGAAUGUAAGGUAACAGGAGACAGCAAUGAAAAAUAUUCCAAGACUGUGCUGUUACAAAGAAUUGAGUGGAACGUAAAUUUAUUAUUGAUGAUAGUAUGAAGUUUGACAGCUCAGUUGGAAUAUUAAAGAUGUUCACAACAUAACUAAAAGGCAACUUCAAUUAUUCUGUAACUAGGAGAUUUUAAUUAGUUUUUUUUUUUCCUGCUCUUUUAAUAUUGGUAUAUUAUUAGCUUCAGUAAAAGAUGAAAAAAGAUCAGCAAGAGAUUACUUGAGCUACAUUAUUAAUCAUUACAAUAAUUGCAACAUUAUAUCAUUACAAUAAUGAAUAAGCAUUUUAAACAAAUUGAGUAUGUGUAUAAUUAUUUAAUUGGAGUAAACAUGAUAUCAUUAUGUUCUUCUAAGUUAAUUGUAAGUGACAUCAUCAAGUAUAUUUUGGUGAUGUUGCAUUCAUUUUAGUUUAUAGGUUAUAUUUAAAGUGUAAAAUUAACCCUGAACUUGGCAAGCAAAUAUCUACAGGAAGGAAAAAUUAUUUUCUGUUGUUGGGAACACAAAAAGAAAAUAAUGUUAUUCUUGUCUAUUCUCAAGAAUUUUUAUAUAUCUCACAAGAUACAUUGCCAAGUUCCCCUAGGAAUAACUAUGUAUCUAGAGAGGUGCAUUAUCAAUAAUGGCAUAUUUUGUGGGAAUGUAAUGGUUUACUAUCAAUCAAACAUACUAUGAGCAAAAGUUCUUUAAUAUUUUAAAUUCUUUUGUUUUCUUUAAUCAAAAAUUUCUUACAUUGCACAUCACAUGUUUAUUAUAUUGGGUAUUAUUUUUAUUAUGUAUCGUAUACAUAUAACUAUUAUAAAUUAUCAGUUAUAUUAAAGUUGUCUUAUAUAUUACAAAUAUCUGUAUGCACAGUUAAUGAGCAGUGAAGUCAAGUUUCCCUUCUUUUGAAGACAUGUCGUGUAACUCAUCUCAUUACUGAUUAGAGCCUGUAAGUCCAGGCAUUGAUUUUUACCUAAACUAGGCAGCAAAAAGGCAUUAAUAUUUAUUGAAAUAGGUGUGCAAAAAGGCAUUUAAUCUGGCUAAAAUAGAGAUGACAAAGGCAUGUAAACAAUAAAAAAUCAUCAUUUAAAAGGAAUUAAGUUUAAAAAAGUUAUAAUUAAAGUUAUUCAAAUUUUUAUUCAAACUCUAAAAUUUACUUCAGUAUUCACACGGAAAGAAACUAUCUUUUCCAUUAUUUUGAUUAUACAUGACCACCAGAUGGCUAUCAGGAAGAUUAUUUUACAGGUAAAUUUCUGAAAAUUAUUCUUAGUGUGAUAAAUUUGAGUAUGAUGGAUGCAUAUUUGUUUCAUUUGUAAUACUGUCUCUAAGAAAUGCUCUUGUGGCUUUAAUUCCUGGAAAGGCAUCAGUGAAAACAUUUUCCCCCCCUUCUUUACACUUGUGUAAUACCAGCGCUGAGAAGGGCAGCAUUGUGUAGCUUGGGCAGAGAGAUCUAUCACUGAAAGGGAUCAGAGACAUAUUUGAAGGUAGGGAAGGAUUCCUUGUAAGUGAACAAAGUCCAUCAGCAACAAUUAAAGAAAUACAAAAAUCUAGACUUUAUCGCCUUCCUUUUUCAUUUAGCUUUUUAACUUUUUCUUGUUGUAGAGCCUCCAAAGACAAAACACAACAAUGCUUUUGUUUUCCAGGGUUACAGGUAUGUUUCUGGCUUAUUGAGAUUGGUGCUAGGGAAAAAGGGAAAUUAAUGACAUAAAAGGAAAUACACUACCAAAAUUAGGCAAAAUACUAGAAAUGGAUAUCAGAAGCUAAUAUAGGCAAAACAAAAAAUGUCUAAAACAACUCCAGGAGUACAGUUAAGUAAUUCCUAUUGUUAAAAAUCUUAACUUUUAACAUAAAUAAUAAUACAUUUGAAGGUAUUUUGCCAAACCUUCAGAAUCUACUGUUUGCAAUUAAUUCAACUUGUAGUAAUAAGUUUCUAACUCGUAUAUUUUUUCACCAAUUCAUUUCAAAAUCCCUAUUUUACAUGACUAUCAAACUUAAAAAGUCAUGCUCUGAAAAACAACAGUAUUUUAUUUAUCCACUGUACACACAGAUUUUGUUCUUAAAUUUAUGUUGUCAUAUUGAACUCAAAAUUGUGCAUCUCUAUUUUGUUACAUAUCUGGCGUGAUAUGUACAGAAAUUUUAUGUUCUCUUCCAUUAAAAAAUUAAUCUGAUUGUGUUUCUCAAGUUCUAAGGGCCCAAUAUCUGAGUAACGUAUGACCAAAUUACUUUUUAACAAAUGAACAAAAACAAAACGUUAACUAUCAAGCAGAUUUUAAUUAUAUAUGUAGUGCUUGAAAUGGUGGAGAAUUUCUUCAUUCACAGUCCAUUUCAUACUACCAUGCCAUUAACCACAGCAGUCAGUAGAGUGCACCACUGCAUUAUAUAUGACAGAGGCUGUAAGAUUCUGUAAGAAAUGAAUUGACAAAAACAACAACAAAAAUUAUUGUCAUGGAAGAUACUAUAUCCGUAAAACUAUGUAACAUACAAAAUACUUUGACAAUUUAAGGGUUAAAUCUGUUGAGAUUAACUAAAGACACCAAUUAGAUUUAAGUGGUUUAGGCUAUAUCCAUGCCCUUCCUGAUUAUUAUUUUAAUUAUUAUUAUACAUCCAUAAAAAGUUUUAUAAGUAAAGAGAAAUUAACUCAAAACUUUUUAUGUUUGGUCUAAAACACAGGAGAGAGAAAGCAAGUGACCUUCAAUGCAGCUACAGUUAUUGGUUGAAAUGAAGAAGAUAAUACUGAAAUUGUCUUUGUUCAUUAGGGGUUGUCCAUAAAUUACAUAAUGUUAAAGAGGGGGGAAGGGUGUUUGAGGCAGUAUUAUAUAGCGGUAUGGUGCUAUUAGUUUAGUGUUAUAUAACAUUGGUCUUUCUUCCUAUUUUUCAACAUGUGCUGAAAUAGUUAUUUUUUGUCUUAUACUAAAACAUUAAAAUAUUAACUAAUUAAUUUGUUUUAAAAACAUAAAUGUAUUCAAGUUAUUGGAUGUAAAUGGGGAGAAGUCAAGUUUUUGUCC